CUUAAUAUUUAUCCGAUGUCGGAACCCCUUUUAGAUUGGACUCUUCGGUCUUCGCUUCGCUAUCGAUUUCGGCACCGUCUCGCCCAAUUACGUUCCGAUCGCUUCCGAUCGCUUAAUGCUGGCAGCUGACCGCGCCGAUCACCGGAUUACCGCUGGAAUUGUCGCAAUAGGUUGUAGAUUUUGAAAUCGUGACUGAGGUUUGUGGAAUUUGUCUUGGAAUGUUAGAGGUGUGAAGGAGAUGAAAGUGUGCAUUCACAGGAAGAAGAGUUGGAUGUAAUCGUUUUAUGGUUGAUUCAAGGAUGAAAAUGGCAGGAAGCACGAGGACAGAGUCAGCUUCAAGCAGUAUGGAUGGCCCGAACUUUGCUCCUGCCUAUCAAAAUGGGCAGCGCGGUACACAUUUAGGUCCUGGUUUAGAGAGGUCUGGCGGCUUCCGCGAGAGUCUGGAGAACCGAAGUCUUUUUGCUGGUCCUGGUACCUUGAGAAAUGCAGCAUCUUCAUCAGAAAUACCUACAGUGUUACAAUAUUUACCAUUUGAAAUAUUUUCAUGGGUUGAGCAAAAGUGUUCUCGCACUGGUGAAAUAAGAAGAGUUUUGGGUGUUACAGUGGAGGAUCACACUUUUGGAUCUGCACAGUCAAAGCCAAUCCCUCCCAUUGCACCAGAGGAUCUAAAGCGUUUGAAAGGGAAUAUAUACGAGUCAUCAAACAGAGCACGGGAGAGAUCAAAGUUGUUGCAUGAUUCGGUUGUGAAGUUGGACAGGUAUCGCAAUUUAGUUUCACGGAGACGACAAAGAACAGAUCAGUCAAAUGACAAGUCAGGCACAUCAAACCCAGUGAAGAUGGGAAGUCAGACUCAUCAAAGCCCAACUGAACUUGCAAGUCCUAGACUGGAGGACAGAAAGAAUGCAGUACCUAACAAGAGGAUUCGUUCCUCAAUGGCGGAAGUACGGUCAGAAGUUCGUGGUGCGAUUCCGCCAAGGCAAGGUGUGGUGGAGAAGGACAGAAAUGUGCUCUUUGAGAAGGAUAAAACUAUGCAUCGGGGUUGUAAUGGAGGAACUGUUCCUUCAGAAGACAAGAUGUGUGGACUCCCCCCAAUGGGUGAUGGAUGGGACAAAAAAAUGAAAAGAAAACGUUCUGUUGGCCUUAAUAGAGUGAUGGAAAGUGAUAGAGAGAUUAAGUCAAUACAACAGAGACCUAGCAAUGAAUCCCGUAUGCGGUCAUCUGAUGGCAUUGCAUUCAGACCUGGUUUGUCUAGUGGAACCACAGUAAACAACAAGAUGGAUGGUUGUUCGCAGCCUAGUGUUGCUAACUCUCGUGGCACACCUAAGAUUGAUCUAGAUGGUGGUUCUGUUCCUAACGAAAGACGAGAAUUUUCUAGUGGAUUCGACAAUGAACGAAUGCUGCUUAAAGGAGGCAAUAAGCUAAAUGUUCAUGAGGAUGCUCAAGCUGGAAAUCAAAGUCCUUUGGUAAAAGGAAAAGCAUCAAGGGGACCUAGGACUGUUUCAGGUGCUUCAGUGAAUGCAUCACCCAGUUUUCUUCGCUCAUCUGGAAACAUGGAUGGGUGGGAACAGGCUUCUGGCGCGAACAAAGUUCAGUCUGCAACCGUGACCAAUCGCAAACGACCUGUGCCUAAUGAGUCAUCAUCUCCCCCUGUAACUCAAUGGGGUGGUCAGCGGCCACAAAAGAUCUCUAGGACGAGAAGAGUUAAUGUUGUUUCUCCUGUCUCCAAUUUGGAUGAAGCUCAAUUUUUAACUGAAGGAUACGUAACUCCUGAGGCUGGAGUCAGAAUGACAACAAUGGACACUAGUGGGCUUUUAGUUCCUAGGGUCAUGUCCAGUAAACUGAAACUCGAUAAUGUCCUUUCCCCUUCUGUGUUGUCAGAAAGUGAGGAAUCAGCUGCUGUUGAAAGCAAGUUCAAGGAUAAGGGAAAUGAUAGUUUUGAGCUAGAGGAUGGUGCACAAACUUCGCUUAAGACAUCAAGUUUUCUUUUGCCUACAAAGAAGAACAAGACUCCUCCGAAAGAAGAGAUUGGAGAUGGAGUUAGGAGACAGGGGAGGAGUGGAAGAAGCUCAGUACAAUCAAAAGCUUGUUUACCUUUGGCAAAGGAAAAAAUGGAAAGUAUUGAUACAACUAAGCCACUCAAGAACAAAAAGAUAGGUCCUGAAAGGAGUGAAAGUAGGAUAGGCCGCCCUCCUUCAAAGAAAAUGUCUGACCGAAAGGCUUAUGCACGUCCUCAAAUAAUGAUUUCCUCAGAAUCAGCAGGAGCAUCAAUUGAUGAUCGUGAUGAUUUACUAGCAGCUGCAAAUGAUGCUCGCAAUGCUAAUGGUAAUGCGUGUUCUAGCUGUUUCUGGAAAAAAAUGGAACCUAUUUUUGCAUUUCCGACACUGGAGGAAAUAUCUUAUGUAAAGCACCAGAUACAUUUUGCUGAGGAGGUAGAUGCAAGUUUAUCUAACUUGCCUGAAGCUAACCAUGAGGUUGAGAUUGUUUGUGAUGUGGCUUCACCUCACUCUUCUUUUGCUAGUAAGCAAAUAGAUGUAGUUCGACCAACCAACAAAACAUUUGGGCCCUCAUAUUCAUCAGAUGGGAAACAACUUGACAAAACAUCAGUUGGAAGAUCAGAGACUAAGAGAAAGUGCCACAAAAUGGUUCCCCUCUCACAAAGGCUUCUCUCAGCCUUUAUUUCAGAAGAUGAGUCUGAAAAGAUUGACAAUGACAUCCAAGAUGAGACAUUGUUUCUGUACUCGAGGGAUUAUAUUUAUACUGAUUCUAACAGUCAUGUUAUCGAUGAUGACUUGGAGCUUGAUUACAAGAAUCAUAAAAGAAGUCUGGGAGAUGGAUUUAUAGCCUCAAACAACUUCAAGCACGUGAACAUCCAAAAUUUAUUGUUUGGUCAUGAACCACUAGUGGAAAAUAAUGCUAUGCUAAAAGCUGAUAAUGCCCAUCUUUCUGAUUACCUAAAAAAUAAUUGCACUCAGCUUGAGGCAAUGGGCAACAGUUCUUCCUAUAGAUGCCAGUUUGAGGAAAUACCUCUCGAUGAUAGGAUCUUGAUGGAGCUUCAUAGUAUUGGCUUAUUUCCAGAAACAGUGCCAGAUCUUUCUGAAGGCGUGGAUGGAGAAAUUGACAAGGUCAUUUCAGAACUUCAGAUGAGGCUGCUACAACAGGUGAGGCAAAAGAAAGAUCAGCUGAGCAAAUUAGAGAAAGCAAUUCAGGAUGCUAAAGAAAUUGAAGAGAGAAAACUCGAGCAGCUUGCAAUGGACAAACUAGUUGAGAUGGCAUACAAAAAGCUAAUGGGUGGUCGAGGUAGUUCAAAUCAUAAGACUGGUGUUACAAAGGUUGCAAAACAACUUGCAAUGGCCUUUGGUAAACGAACACUGGAGAGAUGCCAUAUAUUUGAGAAAACUGGUCGAAGUUGCUUCAGUGAAUCUCCUUUGCAGGAUGUCCUCUUGUCAGGGCCUCCAAACAACAUUGACACUGGACAUUCUGAUGGAUUUGGUUCUGUUAAUUAUGUGGAUUUGCGCAGUGAGCAAUUUGGUGUUCGGCAAUCAGGGGUGAUGGCUGCAAGAUCUGGACUUGGUAAUAAGAUGGAUCGGGGUCCAUCAGAUCCCUAUCGAAGUAUACCUCAGAUGGGUGAGCAUUCAGUUAGUAAGAGGAAGAAGGAAGUGCUUCUAGACGACGUCACGGGUGUUGCUUCUAGAUCCCUAUCCACUCAUACCCAUUCUCUUGCAACUAGUACGAAAUGGAAAAAGGCUGAACGAGACCAGGAGCAGAAUAAAGAUCCAUCAGGAAGAAGCUCCACUGCUAAAGCUGGUCGUCCAUCAUUAAGCAGCGGUAGAGGCGAACGCAAACUGAAGACAAAACCUAAGCAGAAGAUAGCUCAGUUGUCAACUUCAGGAAACGGGCUUGGCAGAGUCACAGAGACGGACAAUGUUACUUCACCAGCAUUACGAGAAGCGUUUGAGAUGGUCAACAGUUCUAUUGCCAAAUUUGAUCAAGAAGUUGAAUUGCAAACUUCAAGUAAUAGGGCUCCCGAUUCAUCUAAAGAAUUUGAUGACGGUAUCUUCACAAAUCUACCACUAAACGGGAUAGACCCUAUGGACGAACUAGAUGUUGCCGAAGGUCUGGGCGGACAAGGUCAGGAUAUUGCAUCGUGGUUGAAUGUUGAUGAAGAAGCUCUACAAGAUCAUGAUCUCGUCGGCCUAGAAAUUCCAAUGGAUGACCUUUCAGAAUUGAAGUUGAACUUCUAAAGAAAAGCGGAGCCGCCACCGACCAGUGUAUCUGAAUAUCGAGAAACCUAGGUCAGUCUAUUUUCUCGUAACUAACAUGUCAGUUCACCGACCCGAUGCCUUUUAGGAAAAAAUGUAACUAGGACGCUAUUCUUUUAUAUAAUUUUUGAGUUCUUGGCAGAUCGCAAUUGUUUUCUGUCACCCUGCAUUUUUCAGAGCACCAAAUUUCAAAAUCAAUCGAGCAAUUAUGUAAAUGAUAUCACAUCAUUAGUUUUUCUUUUACGUAGCUUGUCUAGUCAGCAUAACAAGUAUGUUGAAAUUAAGUGCUUGGUUCCUUGUUAACUGAUAUAUAUUAUUUCAGUUAUCAUAUUGUGGAAUUUUUGUUUCA